CAAAACACCAGGCUUAACCAAUCCCAGCCAUUGUCCACCCUGCAAAAACCAAAUUUUCUUCUCCAAGGAACAUGAAAAGACAUGACGGAGUAGCAAGAGGUGGGGCCUGCUUUGGAGCUCCUUCAAUUCAUUUAUAGCUCAAUGAGAGUCGUUCUUCCAGUAGAUUUGGACCCGGGGACGGAAUCAGUGCAUGUCAAAUCACUGGGACCAGUGACAUUGGUGAAGAGUGGUGACAACCCAGUGACCAGACAGCAAGGGCUGUGCAAGAUGAAGGUGUUUCUGUCUCUUCUGUUGGCUGCUGUCACUUGCAUGGAUUUGGGACACUCCUUGCAGUGUUACACAUGCAAGGAUUUGACCCCAGUUGAGGAGUGCCUGAAAAUUGAGAACUGCACAGAGGCUGAGAACAUAUGCAAGACUACAAUCUAUUCCUUGGAGGAUGUUUAUCCCCACACGGGAGUCUCGACUGUCACCAAGAUGUGCUCCUCUGUCUGUGAACCCUCUGACGUGGAUGGCAUCGGGAUGACACGUCCUGUCACCUGCUGUUACUCUGACCUGUGCAACAUUGAUGGUGCAGCAAGUUUGGGGAUCGGCAUUGUGCCAGUUGGGAUCCUGGCAAGUUCCCUCUGUGCCUUUUUCUGGACUAGACUGUAAGGGGAUGAUGGCAGUCAUUUAUUCCGAAAAUUCCGUGAAGAAAAUAACCCCCCACCAGCCCAGCUUUCCAUGUGGAUGUCUCAUGAACAACACUCAACAGCUCCCAUAAUUAUUGUUUUUUUAAUUUUUAAUUUUUAAUAUCCAUAAUUUUUCCACAGCUAAGAGAGAAGCAGGACACAGGAAGGCCCAACUCAACUUUUUAAAAUUGAUUUUCCAACAACUCCCACAAAAUUAACUAUGGAGUUUUUUUGCUGUGCUGGUGUGGUAGGGUUUGAAGUAAAAAAUUAAAAUGUAUGAAGUAUAUUUAAGGCAAAAAACCUUGAGAAGAGCCUUCCCUAUCUCCUUAGAGCAGGUCCUCUCUGCCCCAUCAUUUUCUGCUGUCCUUCCUUCUUUGUACCCAAAAAAUUAGGGAGACAUUUCUGUGUCCAAAAUCUGAGACAGGAGACUGAAUUUCCCAUGCCAAUGAUCUGUUCAAGGGAGGUUAAAAUCUCAUUUUCUCUGUACCCUUUUAAGCAGAAUAAAAAUAAUCUUGUGUUAAAA